AUGGAGAACCUCCACAAUUACAACGACAACUUCUGCCAUCAUCUGGAGGACUGUGAGGACGACAUUGGGCCCCACCCUGAACAUGAGGGAGCACCAAAAUCAGGUGGCAGGGUCUAUGAAGGAGCUCUAAGUCUGGACAACAGUGAGAACCAACAGGGCAACCUCAACCAGGGAGGCCACAUGAGCCUGGGUCCUGAAGGUGACCACAUCAACCAGGUUGCCAUGGAGGCGGACCCAGAGGAGCCAGCCAUCUUGCUGGCUGAGGUUCCAAGGAUACAGCCCAGCAGGCACCAAACCCAGUUCCACUUCACACAGUGGCAGGUGCAGGAAAUGGAGAUCAUUUUCCAAGAAACCCAGUAUCCAGAUGUGCUCACAAGACGGGUGCUUGCCAGAAACAUGAAUGUGCCCGAAGCCAAAGUGCAGACUUGGUUUAACAACAGGAGAGCCAAACAGAGGGCCAGUGAGAAGAAAGCGAUGCUCAGGAGCACACCACCUGGGAUCCAGGACCACAUUUCCAUGAGGGACAUGGAGGAGCCCUAG